AUGGCCUACUCCUGGUGGCAGAUGCUGGCCGUAUCCUUCAUCGCCACCACUCUACUUCAGAGAAUCGCACCGGAAUAUUCUCUCGGCAGUAUUGCCACAGUCUCUAUCCUCUUUGCCUCUCAACUCCUCCUCUUGCAAUUCUACCGGAUCGUUCUCUAUCAGCGAUUCUUCAGCCCACUUCGCCACAUUCCCCAAGCUCCCGGUGGCCAUUUCUUCACGGGACAGACGCAGAAGAUUAUCAAAGAGCCUUCGGGGUAUCCGAUGAGAGAAUGGGCUGAGAAUGUGAGCAAUAACGGCUUGAUCCGGUACUCCUUCUUGUUCACCGAACGCCUGCUCGUCACUUCCACUGCGGCUCUGAGCGAGGUUCUGGUCACGAAGAAUUAUGACUUCGUCAAACCGCCGCAGGUCCGGCAUGGACUGGGCAGAAUUCUUGGUGUAGGGAUUUUACUGGCCGAGGGCGAUGAGCACAAGACGCAGCGCAAGAAUCUUAUGCCUGCAUUUGCCUUUCGGCAUAUCAAAGAUAUCUAUCCGACUUUCUGGAAGAAGUCGCAGGAGAUGGUGGAAUGUCUGGCCGAGGCUGCGAAGUCGGAUGUUCUUCAGUCUGAGAAGGAACGAUCGGUGCCUGAGGCCGGGGAGGCUGAGGAGAAGCAUGAGCCCGGGACUGUCAAUGUUGGCAACUGGACGAGUCGUGCCACGCUUGAUAUCAUUGGUCUUAGUGGUAUGGGACAAGACUUUGACUCGCUUCACAACCCGGAUAACAAGCUCAAUGCCUACUACAAGACCGUCUUCAGCGCUGGCGGGCCUCGUGCACGCCUUCAGAUGCUGGCUUUGAUCUUGCCCUUCUGGCUGGUCUCUCGGAUCCCCUCCAAGCGCAACCGUGAGAUAAUCGAAGCUUCGGGAUAUAUCAAGAAAGUGUGCAGGGAUCUCAUCGCGAAGAAGCGCGAGGCCAUGAACUCGGAAAAGGGCAGGACGGAGGUCGAUAUCUUGUCCGUGGCUCUGGAGUCCGGUGGUUUUACCGACGAAGACCUGGUCAACCAAAUGAUGACUUUCCUCGUGGCUGGCCACGAAACGACCGCUACGAGUAUGAUUUGGGCUAUUUACGAACUCUGCAGGCAUCGCGAAAUCCAGCAAAAGCUACGAGAGGAAGUUCGCGCCAAGAUUCCGUCGCUCGACUCAGACAUCACGGCCGCACAGAUUGACGAUCUUCACUAUCUGCAGGCAUUCUGCAAUGAAGUUCUCCGUCUCUGGGCUCCGGUGGGACUCACGCUACGACAUGCGGCAGUGGACACGAGCAUUCAGGGCGAAUACAUUCCCAAGGGCACGCUCGUGGUCAUGUCGCCACGUGCCACCAACUGCUCAACAGAGCUCUGGGGUGACGACGCGCGAGAAUUUCGACCGGAACGAUGGCUCAACGAGGACGGCAAAGCCAACGCGAAGGGAGGCGCGGAUUCCAACUACGCUUUCAUGACUUUCCUGCACGGCCCUAGGAGUUGCAUCGGGCAGAAGUUCGCACAGGCUGAAUUCGCGUGUUUGCUUGCUGCCUGGGUGGGCAGGUAUGAGUCGGAGUUUGAACCGGGCAGUGCCAUCUCGCGCGGCGAGUUUGAAAUUCAGGGAGGCGUCACGUCGAAGCCGAAGGGUGGCUUGUGGUGUAAGCUGAGGGAGGUGCCUGGAUGGUAA